CUGUGAUCGAGACAACAUCCAAAAACAUAUUAGCUUUGCAAAAUAUAUUGAUGUGGAAGCAUUGCGUCCCAUUGACAGGAAAUGAAACAAACAAUUUAUCUCAUUCAAACAUGUUAAUUUCUCUGAAGUAAAUGAUAAUAAUGAAAAUGAUGAAGCCUUUGUUCAGUUUACCAAUAACGUCAGUGAAAAUGUUUUCAAUUUAUUUUUAUGUUUGCCUGAAAAUGAAAUUCCUUUUCAUGAUCUGAAAAGAUCAAGUAAUCUACGAUUAGGAAAGUUUCAAAUGAUGGGAUUCGUGUUAUGUCUGAAUGUGUUUCGAGACAUAAAACAAGUGUUUAAUUUCAGUGAAGUGAUGAAUGAUUACGUUCCUAAUAUUGAUAACUCAUCUAUUUCAUGCUGUAGUGAAGUUAACUGCCAGAAUACACUAUCUGAAAUUCACACCAAAGAAUCCAUAAGUGGUUCGUAUUUUGCUGGUUUCGAGGAUAAAUCAAACUCAAAGAUAUCCAGUUCAGACUUGAGAACUACCAAGUUGAACAAAUUCCAAUCAGCUAGUCUAGAUACAGGAAGAAGCCUAUGCACGCCAAAACUACUUAGCCAAACAGUGGUUACUUCAAAAAUGACUGCAUCACUUUGUGAGUAUCAAUUUAUGUCAAAUUCUUCAGCUUACAAUUAUAAAUUGGGAUCAGCUUAUGUCGAACGAUUUUCAAAUUUGAAGCCAACAUUCAUGGAAACAAUCGGGAAUACUACACUGGUUAAACUGCGCAAACAAACUUUGACUAAAAUGCCAUCUGAAACGACGGGGUAUGAGAACAGUAGUAAAGUCCAUUCAAAAUUUUGAGAAAAAAAAGAUUUUCGACGACAGUAGCUCAGUAGUUACCAUAAAAAAGGAUGUAUGGCUGCAAAAUCUUCAUCUAUGAUGAAAAAUAAUCCAAGUGAACUGCACAAAGUGCUGGUCAUCAAAUUUCUGUAAUGUCAUUCUUAAAUAUUGUGUGCAUUUAAAAAGCCUAUAUCGAUCGUGUUUAGGGGAAAAAGUAUAGCCUCAUAUAUGAUAAUAAACCCAGUGUGACUAUUCUCGCCACAUAAAUGAUUACUCUUGCUCCCUUUACAACUUUGUUGUUAAUGUAAGAAUUUAUUUAUCCACACUAGAAUGUAACCUAUUUUAAUUAAUUAACAACCAUGCAUUCCGUUUACAGUUGCCGCUAUAUUUUCUACUUCUUUCUG